AGAGAGGAUGUUCAGCAUCAGAUUACUCCACAAAUGACCAAGGAACAAUAAUGUGUUGACACUCAUUAUUGGUAAAGCUUUCUCCACCACGCAUCUCUGUGUGAUGGCACAGCACAGUUUAGCUCUGAGAUGAGAGAUGCUCCUACUCCUAUUUACCUUUAGAGAUGCAGCUAGUCACCCUGAAGACACUGCCGCACGCCUAUUGUUUUUGACAAGGGCAAAGCUUUGCAGCAAGACUGUUUUUGAGAUUAUUUUGCCUCCUUUCUCAGUGGAGGGGAGGAGAUUCUCAUCGCCGCCAUUUUUAGGGAACUGUCUAUGGAAAGAGAGAAACUUUGCUGCCUGACGUUAGCAGCCAACGACUUGGUUGUUUUUGCCAGCUCGCGCUGACAGUUGGCAGGCGUUAGCCAGCUUAGCCAGCCUCACGAUUAUUUAAAUAAUUAUUCCUGCCGCAAUACAGCCUGAAUGGCAGGAGACAAAUGUAGCUAAUGUGGACAAUUAGUAAAGAUUUAUUAGUGGGCUGAACUUACGGCAGGGCAUUUAUGCAGUAAGAUUAGCAAAUUAGCAUUGCUAACACACCGGCUAUUAAAUUCACGCUUUGAUUCCUCCAUUGCUUGUCUGCAUUGCUGGUCUGUGAUUUUUUUUAGCCACCUUACGCCGCUGUGGUCAGGGUGAUAGGAUUAUUCAUCCUCUUCUCAACCUGCGCGGAUUCCUUUUUGCUAGGUGCUGAUGUGCUUUGGUCUUUGCGCUCACCCGUAGCUGCAAAUGAAUCUUCAGCUGCUUUGGUGUAGCUCAGCGCCCAGAUAGUCCCAUCCCCUCCGUGUGGGUGAUAGGGGACUACAAAACCCAGGAUGCCUGCCUCUGUGAGGGCAGGGAGCCUGAAGGAUCCUGAGGUGGCAGAGCUUUUCUUCAAGGAAGACCCGGAGAAGCUUUAUUCUGACCUCCGAGAGAUCGGCCAUGGCAGCUUUGGCGCUGUCUACUUUGCACGAGAUCUGCGAACAAAUGAGGUGGUGGCAAUUAAAAAGAUGUCCUACAAUGGAAAACAGUCUAAUGAAAAAUGGCAGGACAUCAUAAAGGAGGUGAAGUUUCUGCAGAGGAUUCGUCACCCCAACAGUAUAGAAUACAAAGGCUGCUACCUCCGUGAGCACACAGCAUGGCUUGUUAUGGAGUACUGCCUUGGCUCAGCCUCUGACCUACUAGAAGUUCAUAAAAAACCUUUACAAGAACUUGAGAUUGCUGCCAUCACACACGGUGCUCUGCAAGGACUGGCCUACCUUCAUUCCCACAAUAUGAUCCACAGGGAUGUAAAAGCAGGCAACAUCCUGCUGACUGAACCAGGCCAAGUCAAACUGGCUGACUUUGGCUCUGCUUCCAUUGCCUCACCUGCCAACUCCUUUGUGGGAACGCCAUAUUGGAUGGCCCCGGAGGUGAUUCUAGCUAUGGAUGAGGGCCAGUACGAUGGGAAGGUAGAUGUCUGGUCCUUAGGGAUCACCUGUAUAGAAUUAGCUGAGAGGAAACCUCCAUUAUUUAACAUGAAUGCGAUGAGUGCCUUAUAUCACAUAGCACAGAAUGAAAGCCCCACCCUGCAGUCCAGUGAAUGGACGGAUUACUUUAGAAACUUUAUUGACUCUUGCCUUCAGAAAAUCCCACAGGACAGACCACAUUCUGAUGACAUGUUGGGUCAUGCGUUUCUGCAACGUGAACGCCCAGACUCCGUGUUGAUGGAUCUCAUUCAGAGGACCAAGGAUGCAGUGCGAGAGCUGGAUAACUUGCAGUACCGCAAGAUGAAGAAGAUCCUCCUCCAGGAGGAUCACAAAGGACAAACCACAGAAGUCCAGGAUGGAGAUGAGGACCUGGAGUUGGGCGGAGGUCGUACAGGGACAGUAAACAGCGUCGGCAGUAAUCAGUCCAUCCCCAGCAUGUCCAUCAGCGCCAGCUCCCAGAGUAGCUCCGUCAACAGCCUAAACGAAGCAGCGCAGGACAGCCGCAGUGAGCUUGACCUGAUGGAGGGAGACCACACAGUCAUGUCUAACAGCUCUGUCAUACACCUCAAACCGGAGGAAGAGGAGAGUCUCUCUGCAGAGCAGGCAGCCACCAGUCAACCUACUGAGCCACAGGCAACACCAGCUCAGCCUCCGAGGAAGCACUAUCGCAACAGAGAGCACUUUGCUACCAUACGCACAGCGUCACUCGUGACCCGUGAGAUGCAGGAGCAUGAGCAGGACUCAGAACUGAGGGAGCAGAUGUCGGGGUACAAACGCAUGAGGCGGCAGCAUCAGAAACACCUGAUGGCGCUGGAGAACAAGCUGAAAGGAGAGAUGGACGAGCACAGACUGAGGCUGGACAAGGAGUUGGAGAGUCUGAGGAACAACUUCACUCAGGAGAUGGAGAAGCUGCUUAAAAAACACCAGGCAGCCCUCGAGAAAGAUCUGAAGACGUUUGCCAACGAUGAGAAGAAGUUCCAGCAGCACAUUCAGGUUCAGCAGAAGAAAGAGCUCAGUAGCUUUUUGGAGUCACAGAAGAGGGAAUAUAAACUCCGCAAGGAACAGCUUAAAGAGGAACUGAGCGAGAACCAGUCAACUCCCAAAAAAGAGAAGCAGGAGUGGUUGUCCAAGCAGAAGGAAAACAUUCAGCAUUUCCAGGCAGAGGAGGAGGCCAACCUGCUGAGGAGACAAAGGCAGUACCUGGACCUGGAGUGUCGGCGGUUCAAACGCAGGAUCCUCAUCGCCAGACACAACGUGGAGCAGGAUUUGGCUAGAGAGGAGUUGAACAAGCGGCAAACUCAGAAGGACUUAGAACAUGCGAUGCUGCUCAGACAUCACGAGUCAAUGCAGGAGCUGGAGUUCAGGCAUCUGGCAACGAUCCAGAGGGCCCGGGCCGAGCUGAUCCGGACCCAGCACCAGACCGAGCUCACCAACCAGCUCGAGUACAACAAGAGGAGAGAGAGGGAGCUGAGGCGCAAACACGUCAUGGAGGUCCGACAGCAGCCCAAGAGCCUGAAGUCCAAAGAGCUGCAGAUUAAGAAGCAGUUCCAGGAGACGUGUAAAACCCAGACAAGGCAGUACAAGGCGCUCAGGAACCAUCUGCUCGAGACCACACCAAAGUCUGAGCACAAGGCCGUGCUCAAGAGGCUGAAGGAGGAGCAGACCAGGAAGCUGGCCAUCCUGGCCGAGCAGUACGACCACUCCAUCAACGAAAUGCUCUCCACACAGGCUCUGCGAUUGGAUGAGGCUCAGGAGGGGGAGUGUCAGGUUCUGAGGAUGCAGCUGCAGCAGGAGCUGGAGCUGCUUAAUGCCUACCAGAGUAAGAUCAAGAUGCAAACAGACGCCCAGCAUGAUAAGGAGAGGAGGGAGCUGGAGCAGAGGGUGUCUCUGAGGAGGGCUCUACUGGAGCAGAAGAUCGAGGAGGAAAUGCUCUCCCUGCAAAACGAGCGUUUGGAACGAAUCCGCUCCCUGCUGGAGCGCCAGGCCCGAGAGAUCGAGGCUUUCGACUCCGAGUCGCUGCGGUUAGGCUUUAGCAACAUGGUGCUCACUAACCUGGCUCCUGACUCCCAAGGAGGCUGGGGAGGAGGAGGAGUUGGAGGAGGCCAGGGCGGUCAGGGCGGUGGCCAGUGGCCAGGAGGAGGCGGUGGAGGCGGCAACCACCAUAGUCAUCACCACCAGGGAGGCUCCAGCUCACAGCAGCAGCAGCCCUGGGGUCACCCCAUGCUGUCCGGUGGUCCUCCGCCCUGGAGCCUCCACCAUCCUGGAGGAGGUAGUCAGAGAAGCAGUCAGGGAGGAGCAGGAGGGGUGAAGAACAGCCCACAGGCUACGAGGAGGACGUCAUCGGGGGGGAGGAACGAACAGGGCAUGAGCAGAAGCGCCAGCAUCACCUCUCAGAUCUCCAAUGGGUCACCCCUGUCGUACACUUAGAACACUGUCCUGUCGUUUCCCACAAUGCACCUCUGACCACAGCAGUGAGACAGGGUUUUCCACUGUGGAAUCCUAGAGGAGUGGAGGCUGAGACGGCGGAGGGCUUUUUCAUUUCCAUUGUGCCACUGAGUAGUUUUCAUUCCAGCUUUCUCUGUUUUCUCUGUCUUGCUAACGUACGCCUCUGUUGCCAUAUGGCCUCGCUGGUGUGUGCCCCACAGAGUUUUACUUUUAGUUUGAAGUCAUUUUUCCACAUCUAAGCUUUUGACAAAAUCACACGUAAAACAGAAAAGUGGAAAAGAUGGAAAAUGGAAGUCAUGAGUUACUAUCAGUGUUUUUGGUAGUAGAAGACGAACUGUUUGAGCAGCAUGGAUCAGAAUCAGGAAGUCCAAUCAGCUGCUUUAGAGCUCUAGGAGUCACGACGGUGAUGGCGAUCAUAAGAGGAAUGUGUUGGGUUUGAAUUAACCGCUCAUGCCACAAUACCGUUCAGUAUUUUUAAGUUCAGUGCAGUGUUGAGUCACUUAGUGACCAAGUAGAAGUUUCUCCUUCACCCUCAGCCUGAUCGGAUCGGCUCCCGGGUUUCCACAGACUUCCACCCUGUCUCUCAUCCAGAAUGCUAGGAUGAGGCCCACAACUAGGUGGAUUUUCAGCAAAAAUAAACCGUCUUCACUUGAUCGCAGUUAUUAACUUUGGUGAUGGAAGAUUCUUCUAGUCAGAGCCGAGCCUGGUAGUCAAGCAGAGCUCAGCCACACACAAGCUAGAGAUUUUUAUUUUAGAGUCGAGCCGUUUGUAAACUUGACUGUUGGAUGGAUGCAUGAACAGGGAAAAGUGUAAAGAAAACACCACACAGAGCCAUCGCUGGGUAAAAUAAUAAUAAAAUAUAAUUGUAAAAGAAGAAACAGAGUGAAGAGGAGGAGCUUCUGCUGAGUGUCUGAGUGGACUGAUGAGGGGUGAUGCUGUGAUCUCUGCUGUCGUGCCCCUGUGAUCCCCUCCUCCCCCGAUCUGACCUCCCACUCUGCUUCACCCCCCUGACGACUGAAGCGUCACCACCUGGCCUCCGACCUCCCUGCGUCCCUCCACCUUCUGCUCCUUUCUCUCCGGAGUCUUCUCAUCUAUGCCGGCCUCUGACUGGAGAACGAAAAGCUCUAAAUGUUUAUAAUAUAAAUCUAUACAAAAUAGAGGAUUUUAGAGAUGAACGUCUUAUUGUGAAUUGCAGAGAUUGUACAUUGCGAUUUAUCCGAGGUGAACUGUACAGCCGCCAUGUUAAUAUUGUACAGUUUGAAUCUGAACAUAUGGAAAUUUAAACGACAAAGACACAAAGUAGUGCAGCAGUUAGACGAACAUUGUUACAGCUGAACUGUUGAGAAUAACUCGCCUUUAGGUCAGAUUCAGCAAGCAACAUAGUUUUGUUUUCUAGUGCGAGAAUGAUUUUGCACAUCAUUUGAAAUCUAGUUGGGUGUAGCCUUUUCGUUUGCAUCGGCUGUGUUACACUGACACCACAUUACAGCCGAUUGACCUUUUCUGAUCGAGUUCUUAGAAGAAGAUAAAAAAAAAACACUCAGGCCUAUAAUUAAGUUUUAGAAAGCUAAAGAAAUAAGUGUCUGAAACUGAGCAUUUCUGGUGCAACUUCAAGUUGCUUUCAGAUUCCUGCAUGAGGCUGAAAAUUUGUUUUUCUGGUUAGAAAAAGAAAAGCUCCAAUGAUGAUAUUUAGGAACUGGUUUCUGAUCAGUGACACAUGCAGUCUGCACUUAGUUAUUUGCCUUUAAAACAGAAAAAAAAGUUGCCAUCAAUCAUGUUAGUUUUAUGAGUUUAAAAUGCAAUCUUGACAUUUUUACCUGCUUGUCAAUGUUGGUCUUUUUAUGAGAUGGUGUAUUUUGGGGCCACGGGAAAAAUAAAACUGUGUAGGUAGAUUUUGAGAAUUAAAUGAAAAUCAUGAUAAUAAAGUUGUUGCUUUUGAGAUUAAAAUAAAAAUACCCCACUAAACUAGCACUGGAGCAAAGAGCUACGCUAGCCGUAGUAUCUCGAGUGACUGAUCCAUUUACUUCUCAACAGAGAUUAUUGUUAAAUACAUUGUUUUUCACCAUGUUUAGGCUCAAGUAUUUGUUUUAUAAAAUAAAUUAUUAGUUUUAGGGAGAUUUUCAGGUACGUGUGUAUGUUUAGACUCUUAUUUUGAAGGAUUAAAGGAUCUAUGUGAUCAAUGCAGCUGCAGAAGUUGAGACCUGGUUUAUUCAACUAAACAAUUUUUUCAAAUUUAAUCUCAAAAUCUUCUAUUUAUUUUCAGUUGCCGAACAUACUCUGCCGCAGACUUUUAAUCCCAUAAAGUUUAUUUUAUUUAAUUUUCCAGUAGUUUUUUGCAGAGGGCCAAAUAAGAAGCUAGAGCUCAUUUUGUUUACAGGAGUUUCUAUUUUUUAUUACAAGGGGGCCAGAGUCUAGCUUUAGACCUUGGUCACUCUGAACUGGAUCAGUUGCACUGAUUGCACAAGUAGCUGUCCAGAUUUAGGAGUCUACUGUGACAUGCUGAAGGGGGAGGAGCCAGGCGGCGGCUGGUGUUGGCUGAAGGGAGGCGGGGUCACGUCUCUGUACAGUCGGUUUAUCAGUAUUCCUUUUAUUCUUCCUGUCAUUUUGGUGAAUCUUGCUGUUUUAUUCUCCCUGGUCCAGAGAUCUGUAUUAAACUGUAAUAAAUUGUAAAGAUUGUGGAAAAAAAGACAAAAAAAUAAGCUGAAUGUUGCAUAGCAGAAGAGAAACGAGAUAUUCCUUCAGACAAUUGAUUUAAAAGUGUAUAAAAUAAACUGAGUGGCAAGGUUUAGGAGAUAAAUGUAAUAUUUUGUUUGUAAUUACUUUUUUUUUCGUUGGAAGAGGGCUACUGGAUAAAGAAUCAUCUGUAAUAAAGUAAUUUUAAUAUUU